UCUCCCUGGCCUCUCUAACCACAAAUCUGAAAGUCUAAACGAAAACACAAACACACAUGAAUCUCUCUUUUCUCACCAUACCAGUUUUAAGCUUUACCUAAAUAUUAAUAAUUAAUAAGCAAUGGAGAAGAACGACAAGGACCCUGAUGAUCAUCAUGAUGAUCUCAAAGACAAAUCCAGUGGAGAGGAGAAAAGCGACGUCGUUUCAGAUGCUCAUCCCCCAGAUGAUGCCGAUGUUAUCAGUAAAGACUAUGUCGAUGAGACAGAUCAUGGCCCAGGAGACAAUGUAGACAAGGUUGACUCACCAUCAGGACAAGAAACACCAGAGGUUCCUCAAACCCUCGAGUCCUUGUCAGAAGAACUCGACCAGCUUCUCUCAAAUCUCUCCCUUCAUCAAGAAAAACACAAAGACAGCACCAAGGAGAAAGAAGAAGAGGAAGACGAUUACUUUCAGAUCCCGCAGUUCGUUGGCAAGUUCUUGGAUCUCUUUGAGGACAAACUCUCCAAACACGACUCUGGCGAGCCUAAAACAACAUGGUACCAAGAUCCAGAGGAAGUAUCUUCGCUACUCGACGCAGUGGACCGUGUCUCAAACCUUAUGAAGCUAUUACUCAACACCAAAUCUUGUCUCGACCAUCACGAGCCCUUGAUCAACCACGCUGGAUCGAUCCAGCAGCGUGCAAUGGCCUUCUUGGAAGACGAGUUCCAUGUCCUUUUAGAAGAAUCCGUGAUCAAAGAGGCUGCUGUUGUCACUGACGACAACAGCAGCCAGAGGAAGAGUUCAGCAGAUCAACAAGACCACCACAACGACGCGGUGGUCUCACAAGAUCAAGACCAGAUGGUUGUUCCGGAGCACGGUGAUCAGGAGAUAGAAUACCCUGGCUACUCGGAGGAGAUGGUUACGUUACUUAAGAACAUAGCAGAGAAGAUGAAAGGAGGAGGGUACGUGUGGGAGUGCAGAGAGGUUUAUUUAGUAUCGAGAAAGAAUAUCUUGAUGAGUACGUUGAGACAAGACUGCGAGUUCGAGAAAGUGAGCAUCGACGAGGUGCUGAAAAUGAGCUGGGACGCGCUCGAAAGAGAGAUCCCUAUAUGGAACAAGACUUUCAAGAACUGCUCUUCCCUCUUCUUCCCCGGGGAGCUCAAACUCGCGGAGAAGAUCUUCCCGGGGGACGAAGGGAGCUUGUUCUGCAUCGUCGCGCACGGCCUCGCCAUCCAGUUCCUGGGCUUUUACGAGGCCGUGGCCAUGACAAAACGCUCCACGGAGAAGCUCUUCAAGAUCCUCGAUAUCUACGAGACGCUCCGGGACAGCUUCCCAACAAUGGAGAAGCUGUUCCCGGAGGAGCUAUGCGGCGAGCUGAGGAACGAGGUGACUAGCGCCCGUUCCCGGCUAGGAGAGACAGCUAUUAACAUAUUCUUGGAUCUUGAGAACUCUAUCAAAUCGGAUUCUAGCAAGACCCCUGUGCCAGGAGGUGCGGUGCAUCCCUUAACGAGGUACACUAUGAACUACCUUAAGUACUCGUGCGAGUAUAAAGACACGUUGGAACAAGUGUUCAAGUCUCACUCAACGAUGGAGCGAGAGGAGGAGGAGGAGAAGAAGAAAGAGGAGAACUCGCCGUUCGCCAACCAGCUGAUGAGGAUAAUGGACUUCCUCGAUGGAAACAUGGAGGCGAAGUCAAAGCUCUACAAAGACAUACCAUUAAGCUGCAUCUUCAUGAUGAACAACGGGAGAUACAUAGUGCAAAAGAUCAAAGGAUCGGCGGAGAUACACGAGGUGAUGGGGGACACGUGGUGCAGGAGGAGGUCGUCGGAGCUGAGAAACUAUCACAAAAGCUACCAGAGAGAGACGUGGGGGAAGCUGCUUGGGUUCUUAGGGCAUGAGGGGCUUAUGCAUAAUGGGAAGAUAGUUAAGCCUAAUCUCAAGGAGAGGUUUAAAAGCUUUAAUGCAACGUUUGAUGAGAUACAUAAGACGCAGACCACGUGGGUGGUUAAUGAUGAGCAGCUUCAGAGUGAGCUGAGGGUUUCUAUUACUGCAGUUAUGAUACCUGCCUACAGGGCUUUCAUGGCUAGGUUUGGACAGUACUUGGAUCCUGGUCGACAGACGGAGAAGUAUGUUAAGUACCAGCCUGAGGAUAUUGAGGAUCUCAUUGAUGAGCUUUUUGAAGGAAACACUUCCUCCUAUUCAACGGCCACGGCCAAGAGAAGAACAUAGGUCCUUUCUUCUUUUCUUGCAGUAACACUUUUCUUAACUGUUUCAAACUUUCAUGUCUUCUUCUACUGUUGUUUUUGUCUGAAUGCCACAACUUGGAUGUG